CUGGCAUGCAUACUGUAGAACAAUUUGCGCGCCAGCACAUUACAACACAACACCCUCACUUGGUCUCCCAUGGCACGAUUGCAGGCUUCGGAAAGUAUUGCCAGCGACUCCGCAUCGAGCAGCAGCGAUUCUGACUCAAACGACCAUGGAGAUUUCCCAACACCUCCAGCCAAACGACGGCGCAUCUCGAUAGACACUGACGACAACAACAACGACGACGACCACGGCCUCGACAACGACAAAAUCCGAACCACACUUGAACCAGUCUCAUUGUCGAGAGUGAAACCUCCCACAACACACACUAGAAACUCUUCAGUGCCAAAAUUGCACUCGAUACCAAUUACCUCGACCACAUUCGAGAGCCUGAAUGUUGCGCCAUGGUUGACACAUUCACUGGCCGCGAUGGCAAUUCAACACCCUACAGAAAUUCAACGAGCUUGUAUCCCAGAAAUAAUGAAAGGAAGAGAUUGCAUCGGAGGAUCGAGGACGGGUACCGGCAAGACGGUGGCGUUCGCAGUUCCUAUUCUACAAAGAUGGGCAGAAGAUCCCUUUGGGAUAUACGCCGUUGUUCUCACUCCAACUCGAGAACUUGCCCUCCAGAUCUACGAACAAUUUCAGGCGCUGGGCACACCGCAGGGAUUGAAGACGGUCUUGAUCACUGGCGGCAGUGACAUGAGGCCGCAAGCUGUGGCGCUGUCGAAGCGUCCGCAUAUUGUUGUUGCGACACCGGGUCGGCUGGCUGAUCAUAUCCUGCACUCUGGUGACGAGACCGUCAUCGGGCUAAAGCGCGCCAAAGCAGUAGUCUUGGAUGAGGCCGACAGAUUGCUUGCUCCUGGGCCUGGUUCAAUGCUACCAGACCUCAACACCUGCCUUACUGCGCUACCGCCGGCUUCCUCCCGAUUAACGCUUCUUUUCACGGCCACAGUUACCCCGGAAGUUCGUGCCUUGAAAGGUCUGCCACGCCCAGAGGACCGGCUGCCUGUAUUUGUUUCCGAGGUCACAGACCUGUCCGACUCCUCCGUGGCGUCCAGUCUACUUCCCACAAGCCUGUUGCAAACCUACCUUCAAACUCCCAUGACGCACAAAGACGCCUUUCUACACGUACUACUUUCGGUGCCUUCGUUCACAAAGGUGCCUGAGCCGAGCAUCAUCAUUUUUGUCAAUAGGACGGCCACUGCUGACAUUCUCCAUCGAACACUGCUUUCACUAGGGCAUCCUGUCACCUCGUUACAUUCUGAGUUGGCGCAGAUCCAACGGAAUCGCAACCUCUCCGAUUUCCGGGCAAGGAAGUCUCGUAUACUCAUCGCAACAGAUGUCGCAUCAAGAGGCCUCGACAUUCCAGAUGUUAAUAUCGUCAUCAAUUACGACGUACCUCGAAAUCCAACAGACUACGUGCACCGCGUUGGACGUACCGCAAGAGCGGGAAGGCAAGGUACGAGCAUUACUUUUAUCGGCCAGCGGGACGUGGCUUUAGUUCUAGCAAUCGAAGAGUACAUAGGGGCAAAGAUGGAAGAAUGGACCGAGGAAGGGGUCAACAUCGAGACCAGAGUGGUCCGAGGUCGGACAUUAAAGGACGUGGCAGAAGCAAAGAUGGAUGCGUUGCGAGAUGUCGAGGGAGGGAGAGACGUUAAUGGCUGGAGAAGGAAGAUUAAGAAGGACAAGAAACGUGCGUUGGAGGUAUGAAUGAAUGUUUUGUAUGAAAUGCUUGGAUAAUAUCUAAUGUGCCUGGAGAAUGCAACUGUCUCUGCAUAUUUGGUCUGAUCGAAAAUCUAAUUUUUGA